AUGCAGGUUUAAAUGUUCCAUCAUUGGGGACAGCUAUGUCAUGUUUCUUGUAUCCGAAAUAAAAGAAAAUAAAACUGCAAUAAAUUUUAGCGCUCAUAAAAAAGGAAAGGUAAAAAUAAACCAAGGGAAAAAAAAGGAUGCUGAUUCAAAGGCAACAAGAUACCAACACCACCCUGCAGGCACGCACAGCAGCCAGUACAUGCAAUAGGCUGAUAAUGAAAUGACUUCUUGUGUGCUUGCUAGUGUGUGUGAGAGAUUAUCACCUCCUUGUCUGAUGCGUUUAAGAAAAUGGCAUUUUAUACGAGAUGACCAAAUGUUUAUCUGCCCUCUGUGUGAUUCCUGAGGGAUUAUAGCAUUGCUCUGGUGCCAAGAGCUGCUUGCUAAGCUGACUGUAAUGUUAGUUUUACCAAUAAAAGUAACACUGACUAUUAUUUUAGUACAGAAGUCAUUUCAGCUAGCAUUUAACUGUUAUUUCUGUCUUUUAUUUCUGCAGAGACUGGUCGAGGCAGCUGAGGAAGCCCAUCUGCAGCAUGAAGAGGAUCCAGACCUGCAGUACGAAUACUUCAAUGCUGUUCUGAUCAAUGAGGUAAAUGAGGAGGGGAACAAUGUAGAGCUGGGAGGAGAGUUCGUCCUGCAACCCAAUGAUCAUUUCAACAACCUGUCAGUCAACCUGAGUCUUAGUGUGGUCCAGGUCCCCACCAACAUGUACAACAAAGACUCUGCUAUAGUCAACGGCGUGUUCUGGUCCGAGGCCCUGAACAAAGUGUUUGUGGAUAACUUUGAGCGAGACCCCUCGCUCAUAUGGCAGUACUUCGGCAGCGCCAAGGGCUUCUUCAGACAAUACCCAGGAAUCAAAUGGAAGCCAGAUGAACACGGGGUUAUAGCUUUUGACUGUCGUAACCGGAAGUGGUACAUCCAGGCGGCCACUUCUCCAAAGGAUGUGGUGAUCCUGGUGGAUGUCAGCGGCAGCAUGAAAGGCCUGAGGCUGACAAUCGCCAGGCAGACUGUUUCUUCCAUUCUGGACACGCUGGGAGAUGAUGACUUUUUCAACAUAAUAGCUUACAACGAGGAAUUACAUUAUGUGGAACCGUGUCUGAAUGGAACGCUGGUCCAAGCGGAUGUAACCAACAAAGAUCAUUUCCGGGAGCACCUCGACAAGCUGUUUGCUCAAGGCAUUGGUAUGUUGGACAUAGCUCUGACUGAGGCGUUCAGUCUUCUCAGUGAUUUCAACAAGACUGGGAGAGGUAGUGAGUGCAGCCAGGCCAUUAUGUUGGUGACGGAUGGAGCGGUCCAUACCUAUGAUGCCAUCUUCGACAAAUAUAACUGGCCAGACAAGAAGGUAAUGUUAACAUUUUAACAAGCAAAUGUGUUCCACCAGGAUCGAUGAAACCAACGUAGUUUCAAACUAACUUAAAGUGACAAUGUGUAGUUUCCUGGCAAAAGGGGGUAGUAUAUACACUUCAGGGUAGUUUUACAUCAUAUCUGUUGCUAGUUUUAAAAAAAAACGUUACGGUAAAUGUUACCUGUGGAGCAGAAAGCAUGUGACCUCAAGCGUGACUCCUCACACUUUGAAGGUCUUAAUUCCAUCAGGAAAAUGCAAUGUAGAUUUUAGUUUUCUGGCGCUGUAGUUUCCGGAUCUACUCGGAGUCAUGCGCCUGCCAAUGAUGUCAUCAUACUACGGCAAUACCACUCGGCCAAAAUAUGUUGCAUCUCUUUUUUGAUUUAGCCGAGUUCCUUAUAUAGGAAACUUUUUUCUGAUUGGCUUAAUGAACUGACCUGUAUUGGAAUGUUUACUAUGUGAAGUGCCUUGAGAUGACUCUUGUCGUGACUUGGUGCUAUAUAAAUAAUCUUGAAUUGAAUUGAUUCUGAUCUUUCACACAUGUUUUGUAAAGACUUUAGAAGUUUUGUUAUUAAAGACAUGUUUCUUGCUCCCUAAAUGUUUUCAAAUGUGUCAUAAAGUCGUUUAUACAGCCAAUCAUCUAGUGAUCGACAGGUGUAGGACCCUGAACCAUCCAGAAGGUAAUCUGGCGUCUCCCAACGGCACUAGAUCCGUGCCCUUUAUACUUUAGACCUGAUUUUUAUGGUUAAAUGUUAAGAAGCCGUCAAUAUUUUUCAAUGACUGGAAAUCAUGUGAUUCAUGUUUUACAAUGUUUUAAUGGAUAUUUCCAGAGAUUAAAGGAAAAAACUGCACACUGUCACUUUUAAUCAAAACUAUUUCUAUUCAUUUUACUCAUAUUAAUGUAUUGAAUUAAAAAUGAAGCAUAAAACAGAGCAAAAACCCUACCACGUGUUUGCCAUUCUAUGGGUUUUGUAAGUGGUACUUUUUAGCAAGUGGGUACAGGAGGGUUAUGAUAGGCAGUAGAUACCCAGUGUGGGGUUCUUCAAGUGUACUUUAAAACAAUUAUAAAUGGCUUUAGCUUAGAACAGUGGUUCCCAAACUUAUUUAGCCGUGCACGCCCUUCUAUGUCCCGACCAUAUAUAUAUAUAUGUAUGUAUAAUCAGACGUCACGCUAAACCAGGGGUCAGCAACCUGUUCCCAUCAAAGAGCCAUUAUUACCCGUUUCCCACAGUAAAGAAAACACCGCAGCAGCCGGGGUGUUGUGGGUGGGGCCUACCCUCAGACAGCAGAGCGCUGCUCACAACAGGUAACAGCAGCCGGUACCGGUCGCUCGUGUACGUCAAAGCUAUCUUUCAAUAGAUUGAUUUUCGAUAAUCAAUAAAACGAUUUAUAUAAAGUGGAUCCAGAAGUUGUAGCCCGUCUCUGCCUACAAUAUUUAGAUAUUUUUCGCCCUGUUGGUGGUUUUACUGAGCAGGUGCCACUUUUGUCAUAUGUUUCUUUUUAAAACAUGUUUAGACUGUUCAGAAUACAAAUCCAGGCUCUGUCACGUUUGAUUGUUGUAAUUAAACUUUGUAGGUGGGGAAGGUCAGAAAAGGAUCCGAUCAUUUUGUUUUUCCCUCAUUUACAGUGACGGAGAUAACGGCGCAGUGUGCCUGGCUCUGGUGGUAAUCAAGUUUAAUUUGUAAUAAUUUUCACAAGAAAACAGAACAGUUAUAGUAAGCCUCACAGGGCUUGUGUUGACCGGACAGUUCAAGUAUUUGGCCGUUUAUUUUGACGGAGAAAGAAUAGGAAGAAUUACCCCGACGCAUGCAAACGAACUGACACUUUAUUCUACGCAAAUCGCAGAUGUAGCUAAAUCACUCAAGAAAAGGUUUCCUUCUGAACAUCUGAGCUGUUCACCGCUCAGCCCAGCUCACUGUCAGCGCGUACAUAAGGUGCACAGUGAGCUGAAGAUGUGGAGAGGGGAUUGGAGCGCGCCGCAGAACCAGAGCGCAUGCGGGAAGAUUCCUUCCACUGAAGCGAGAGUUCUCCAAACCCGGUCUCUCAGAGAGACUUGUCACUUAGAAAAUGUUCCCUGAUGAUGAAACUUUGGCUGAAUUGUUCUUGUUCCUGUCUCCAAUGUGGCGUCUGAGGAGAGUCCCAGAAUCUCACAUCUUCUUCAGCUCAUAAAGUGCACAUGAUUACGCACAAGCGUGACGCGUCAACCCGGCCACACAGUAGACCGGGUUGGAACUGUUCAGGUUUACGCAGACAAUCUUUACAUUUAGAAUUAGCUUACAGAUGUAAAAUUAAUGCAGUAAAAUAUAAAGCAUUUUAUUUAAAUAUCGAUUCAUUAUUUUACAAGCACAGAGAGCCGUAUCAGAUGGAUGGAAGAGCCGCAUGCAUCUCCAGAGCCGCGGAUUGCCGACCCCUGAGCUAGGGCAUGUGCGGAGGACACACACACACACACACACACAAGCAAAAUAUACUUGUUUUCAAUUACAUUUUCUUAGGCCCACUCACAAAUGAGUUUCUGGCUACGCUAAUGGUGACUUUUGACAGACUUCUCUGAGCUCCGCAGCCAUUACACUUUUCACCUUGCGCACCCCCUAGCGGCAGCUCACUUUGGGAAUCCCUGGCUUAGAACAAACCUCUUUAUUUUCAUAUCCUGCAGGAUAAUGGUGGUGCAGCUCAGACAGAGUAUAGAAAAUAAGAGCUGCAUGGGCUGAACAUGUAAUUAUUUUUGAAGCAUUUAUUUCUUUUUCUGUUAGAAAAGAUCCGUACAGGUGGUUGUGCAUCUGAAAAUGCAGGGAGACCAGCAUCAUUGUAACAGCUGGACAUCCUUACAUUUGGCUUGACCCCACAGCAUGAUGCUGCCACUUCCAUGCUCUUCUGUUUAGCAUCAGUUUAUUUCCUUUAGGCAAAGCAGGAUGUAUGUUUUAUCUGAUUUUGGUACAAACUUGAAAUAAAGAUAAAAUUGGGAAUGGCUGCAACACACAAAAUGAAAAGGAAAUUAAACUUUUAUCGCCUCAGGUGAGUCCUAGCUGCUUAAAAUGCAAAUGGGUUCAUGCUAAGUGGUACGAUAAAGCAGAGUUUCAAGGCUGAUAUCGCACACAGGUUUAACAUUCUAAUGGUGCACGUGUCUGUUUAAAAAGAAUAGUUUUAGUCAUAGGCGUCAUUUUAACCAGGGACG